AACGUGUUAUGAAUAUGCUUAUAAUAACAAGACGCGGAGAGGGCCUAGCCGCGGCUAGGGUUUAGGUUGGGCGUUUUCAUUAUGCUACUUUUCUAGUUUUCAUGGCGGAUCUUCGGCGUUUUAGCAGACGGACCGCGAGCAGGGGAGCACUCGUCAACAGUGCUGGGAGAACGAUCUUCAGCGUAUUCGUGCGACGAUUUCACUUGUCAACAAAUUCGGUUCUUGCAAGCCGGAGUUUAGCCAUGGCGAAUGACUGGGGGAACGAUGGCACUUCUGCUGGGGUUGAAGCUCUGGCAAAUAUCUACGGGCAGUUGGACCUGGAAGAAGAGGAUGAGGUCCUUGUGGUUGAACCUAUGGCGCAGAAUUCAUCGAAGCACAAUUUGACCAUGGUGGGGACUAUUACAUCAGAAAAGUCGAUCCGCCCCUGGAGAGUAUGAGUUGCGGGUAAAGCGGUGGGAAAGUUGAACAAUAGUUAAGGAUCGAAAUUCAGAACGGUCGUGUGAAUAUCAUAACUCAUGUGUGCUAGAUUGGACCUUUGGUAGCCUUCUGUUUCAAAAUGACAUCAAGCUAUUGACUCAAUUGGAGACCUCUCACAUCGUCGAGCAACAAGAUCAAAGUAGCGGAAUGCGACCCAGAAUGCUAUAUAUAUAUAUCCUCGAUCAUGCGGGAAGACGUCAGUCUUACUAAGUCUUUAGAUGAUGUUGGUGAUGUAUUUGUAAAUUUCUUUGUUGAUUUGUUUGGAUCUCAUGUGGAUACCCUUGACCUGGACCACUCGGUUUUAAGUAUUGGUCCUCUGAUUGAGCCAGCUGCUCAUGAUGGCCUUCUUGCUCCGAUAACAGAUAAGGAAAUUAAAGAUGCCUUGUUCGAUAUCGGGGAUGAUAAGGCCUUGGGACCUGAUGGGUUCUCCUCGGCUUUCUUUAAAGCCAACUGGAGCAUUGUUGAGAAGGACAUGGUGCGGGUUAUUAAGGAGUUUUUUCGAACGGGAAAAAUGCUUAAAUAGAUUAACCAUAUUGUGAUAGCACUUAUCCCUAAGACUAGUCACUCCCCAAAAGCCUCGGACUAUCGACCCAUUUCUUGUACGAAUGUUUUGUACAAGGUUAUUAGCAAAAUUAUUGCGGCUAGAAUGACCCCUUGCCUUUCGGGGUUGGUUAAUCAAACACAGGGAGCGUUUGUGGAUGGCCGCCUGAUGUUUGAUAACAUUUUCCUUGCCUAGGAACUUGUUAGAGGAUACAACAGGAAGCGGAUUUCACCACGAUGUAUGAUUAUGGUGGAUCUGCGAAAGGCCUAU